AUGUUUCUGGUUCAAAGAGAGGGCUGCCAUGUGCCCAAUGAGGGGGAAACGGGGACAGAAGCAGUGAAGUGGAACCAUGUGCCCGGGAACCAUGUGAAGUGGAACCAUGUGCCCGGGAACCAUGUGAAGUGGAACCACGUGCCCGGGAACCAUGUGAAGUGGAACCAUGUGCCCGGGAACCAUGUGAAGUGGAACCACGUGCCCGGGAACCAUGUGAAGUGGAACCAUGUGCCCGGGAACCAUGUGAAGUGGAACCAUGUGCCCGGGAACCAUGUGAAGUGGAACCAUGUGAAGUGGAACCAUGUGCUGGGUCCUCAGGUGCUGGGUCCUCAGGUACUGGGUCCUCAGGUGCUGGGUCCUCAGGUGCUGGUGCUCAGGUGCUGGGUCCUCAGGUGCUGGGUCCUCAGGUGCUGGUGCUCAGGUGCUGGUGCUCAGGUGCUGGGUCCUCAGGUACUGGGUCCUCAGGUGCUGGGUCCUCAGGUGCUGUGUCCUCAGGUGCUGUGUCCUCAGGUACUGUGUCCUCAGGUGCUGGGUCCUCAGGUGCUGGGUCCUCAGGUGCUGGGUCCUCAGGUGCUGUGUCCUCAGGUGCUGGGUCCUCAGGUGCUGUGUCCGCAGGUGCUGUGUCCUCAGGUGCUGGGUCCUCAGGUGCUGUGUCCUCAGGUGCUGUGUCCUCAGGUGCUGUGUCCGCAGGUGCUGGGUCCUCAGGUGCUGUGUCCGCAGGUACUGGGUCCUCAGGUGCUGGGUCCUCAGGUGCUGUGUCCUCAGGUACUGGGUCCUCAGGUGCUGGGUCCUCAGGUGCUGUGUCCUCAGGUGCUGUGUCCGCAGGUGCUGGGUCCUCAGGUGCUGGGUCCUCAGGUGCUGUUCCUCAGGUACUGGUGCUCAGGUGCUGGGUCCUCAGGUGCUGGUGCUCAGGUGCUGGGUCCUCAGGUGCUGGGUCCUCAGGUGCUGUUCCUCAGGUGCUGGGUCCUCAGGUACUGGUGCUCAGGUGCUGGUGCUCAGGCACUGGUGCUCAGGGGCUGGGUCCUCAGGUGCUGGGUCCUCAGGGGCUGGUCCUCAGGGGCUGGUCCUCAGGUGCUGAGUCCUCAGGUGCUGGGUCCUCAGGUGCUGGGUCCUCAGGUGCUGGGUCCUCAGGGGCUGGUCCUCAGGUGCUGGUUCUCAGGUGCUGGGUCCUCAGGUGCUGGGUCCUCAGGUGCUGGGUCCUCAGGUGCUGGGUCCUCAGGUCUGGGUCCUCAGGUGCUGUGUCCUCAGGUGCUGGGUCCUCAGGUGCUGGGUCCUCAGGUCUGGGUCCUCAGGUGCUGGUUCUCAGGUGCUGGUUCUCAGGUUCUGGGUCCUCAGGUGCUGGGUCCUCAGGUGCUGGGUCCUCAGGUGCUGGGUCCUCAGGUGCUGGGUCCUCAGGUGCUGGGUCCUCAGGUGCUGGGUCCUCAGGUGCUGGUUCUCAGGUGCUGGGUCCUCAGGUGCUGGGUCCUCAGGUGCUGGUUCUCAGGUGCUGGUUCUCAGGUGCUGGGUCCUCAGGUGCUGGGUCCUCAGGUGCUGGGUCCUCAGGUGCUGGGUCCUCAGGUGCUGGGUCCUCAGGUGCUGGGUCCUCAGGUGCUGGGUCCUCAGGUGCUGGGUCCUCAGGUGCUGGGUCCUCAGGUGCUGGUUCUCAGGUGCUGGGUCCUCAGGUGCUGGGUGCUCAGCGUCAGUCCUGUGAGGGGGGGGGGGGCACAUACCACACUACAGGCAAGCACUCGGGGGGGGGGGGGGGGGGGUAAGCACUCAGGGGGGGGGGCACAUACCACACUACAGGCAAGCACUCGGGGGGGGGGGGGUAAGCACUCAGGGGGGGGGGGCACAUACCACACUACAGGUAAGCACUCAGGGGGGGGGGGGGGGGCACAUACCACACUACAGGUAAGCACUCAGGGGGGGGGGGGGGGGAAAUGUCAGUGUUGCAUCCACAGUUAG